UUCCUCAAGAAAACAAACAAACAAGCACAUAGAGAAAGUUAACAAUACAUUCUCUCCUCUUUGAAUCCUCCAACUCUCUAGUACCUCUACUAGCUACCUCUUGCAACUCACAAAGCCAUGGGGUUCCUAAAAGUGAUAUUCAUCAUAGCAACAACAAUGGCUUUGUCCAUUGCAGCACUUGUCACAAUGAAAAGCAUCACCACUGAAGGGGAAGCAAAACCAUUUGUUCCAUCACAAAAGCAAGUACCAUUUGCCCAUGAGAAAAAUAUACUCCUUCCUUCAAAGAGGGUGAAUCGGUUUCUCGCUCAAAAGCCAGCAUAUCCUUACCCUUAUCCUGAUCCUUCCAAUUAUCCGGUUGUCCAUUGCCAGAAGGACAACGAGAUUUGUGCCUCAUUGAGCAACAGCUAUUACAACUCCACUUGCUGCAACAACAAGUGCAUGGACGUGAGCUAUGACAAGCAUAACUGCGGCGCGUGCAAGAAAAAGUGCAAGUACACCACCACAUGUUGUAGAGGCCAAUGUGUUGAUAUCAACUUUGACAAGAGGCAUUGUGGUGCCUGUAACAACCGCUGCGAAACCGGUCAGUACUGUACCUAUGGAAUGUGUGGUUACGCAUGAGGACUGAGGCUCACUUUCCCAUAUUUAUCUAACUAUCUAUAGUGUUUUAUUAUACUAUGAGUUUUAUAUGAUUUAUUAAAAGAGAUUCAAUUAAGUAAACCACACUUGUAAACGA